CGGGUGAGAGCCGAAUAUCCUAACCGACUAGACUACAACGGAAUGAUGAGAAAUUAAUUCUACUACAGUUUGUUAACCUAAGUUGCUUUCAUCAUCUUCUCCGCUUGUUCUUCCUCAAAGUAAUCGGUAGGGAAUACCAGGUAUAAUUGUCUCUCGGGUUAUCGAUAAUUCAAAGUUUAUUACACUUUUGCUCAAUCUGUAGAUUGCCGUUUGAUAGUCUAUCUGUUUUUCUCUCUCUUUUUUUUUUUUAAAAUUAAAUGGCAUAUGUUUAUUUUUCUCUAAUCCAACAGCAGAUAACUUCGUCGCUCAAUCUCCACUUCGCGUUGUAUAUUUCCCAAUCCCAUUAAAUCUGUUUUGUGCAUUUUGUUUUCACCUUUGCCAUGGAAAUUUGCGUGAGUAACAUUCUCCCGUUGUCAUUCCCAAAUUGUUCACCAACCAGUGGAACUAUAAAACCCACUUAUAGUAAUUACCUGGGGAAUUUCUUGUUGAAAAAAUCUGUCAAUUUCGGUAUUUGUAUACCUGUAUUAGCUGCAGUCAGUACAGAAGAGAUAGGAAGGGUAGAAGUAAAAGAAGAGAAGUCUUCGUUUAAGUGGGUUAAGAUUGACCCUAAUAUCACAGAACCACAAAAACAAGCUGUAUCUGAGCUACCACCGAAGAUGACCAAUCGAUGUAAGGCAAUUAUGAAGCAGAUAAUUUGUUAUUCUCACCAAGCUCAGAAUGCCAGUUUAUCGGAUUUGUUGGGUGCUUGGGUCAGGCUUAUGAAGCCUAGGAGAACUGACUGGCUUUCUGUUCUUAGACAAUUGAAGAAGAUGGAACAUCCUCUUUACUUUGAGGUGGCCGAACUUGCUCUGCUUGAAGAAUCUUUUGAGGCCAAUGUUCGUGACUACACAAAAGUAAUUCAUUGUUAUGGGAAGGAAAACCAGAUUCAAAAUGCUGAAAAUAUCCUCUUAGCCAUGAGGAAAAGAGGCUUUGUGAUUGAUCAGGUCACACUGACUGCCAUGAUUUCCAUGUACGGCAAGGCUGGCAAUCUUAAACAGGCUGAGGAAACUUUUGAAGAGCUCAAGCUGCUUGGGUACCCAUUGGAUAAAAGAUCAUAUGGUGCAAUGAUCAUGACCCACAUAAGAGCUGGAAUGCCUGAGAAAGGGGAGGUCUUACUUAGAGAAAUGGAUGCCCAAGAAAUUUGUGCAGGAAGUGAAGUUUACAAAGCAUUAUUACGAGCAUACUCCAUGGUUGGCAAUGCUGAUGGAGCUCAGAGGGUAUUUGAUGCAAUUCAGUUCGCAGGUAUUCCUCCAGAUGUUAAAUUGUGCGGACUCCUCAUAAAUGCUUACCAAAUGGCAGGUGAAAGUCGAAAGGCACAAAUCGCAUUUGAAAAUAUGAGGAGGGCUGGUCUUGAACCUAGUGAUAAAUGCAUAGCACUUUUGUUGGCUGCAUAUGAAAAGGAGAACAACCUGAAUGAGGCCUUGAACUUUCUGAUGAGAUUGGAGAGGGAAGGAAUUAUGGUUGGCAAAGAAGCUUCAGAAAUACUAGCUUGUUGGUUUAGAAGAUUAGGAGUGUUGAAGGAAGUGGAGCUUGUCUUGAGAGAAUAUGUUGCAUAGGAAUUCAAUUGUGAAAUCCUUGCACAUUAAAUUAUGCCCAAAUCCUUGUUUCACCCCCUGAGAGGUAUCACUGUAUCAGGUCUCCUGAAUAUGUUUGCUUCUGAUGGUCACCGAUGAUGAGUUAUGACACAAAAACCUGGGUAGGAUAUGAAAUGUUCACACCAUAUCAUUGGCUUAACUUCUGAUACAUUUGACAAUUUUGCGUAAUGAGUUUUUGGCUAAGAUUGCUCUUCCUAAUCAGUGCAUAAGGCUGACAAUAUUUUGCAUCAGUAAUUUGCUAAAUUGUACCUUGUAAAGAUUCCAAUUUUCAGACUUUGCUUGAAGAAAUAUUUCCUCUAGAACCACUUAAAUCAUAAUCCUAAAUUUCAUUAUCCA